GGCGGGGCCGGAGGGGCGGGACCUCGGGUGGCCCGAGGUGGCCCGGUUGCUGGGUGAGGAGCAGCGCAGUUCGAUUCAUCCCAGCCCGGGGAUGGCGUCCCCACGGGAACUGACCCAGAACCCCCUGAAGAAGAUCUGGAUGCCGUACAGCAAUGGCAGGCCCGCUCUGCACGCCAGCCAGCGUGGUGCCUGGCCAUGGGCUAGUAUUCCUCAGGUACCCCUUGGUUUUAAAACCGAAGUUCUAGAGGAACUUUGGGGGAGUACAGUUGUCAGGACUGAGUCUACAGGAACAGCACACCAUAUGGACCGAUCUCUGUGCCCCUGGACGGGGAGGCACCCACUAGAGUUCACAGUCUGCAUGACUAACUGCCCGACACUCAUCGUCAUGGUGGGCCUGCCAGCCAGGGGCAAGACCUACAUUUCUAAGAAGCUGACCCGGUACCUCAAUUGGAUUGGCGUGCCUACUCGGGAAUUCAACGUCGGUCAGUAUCGCCGGAACAUGGUCAAGACAUACAAAUCUUUUGAGUUUUUCCUCCCAAACAAUGAAGAAGGCCUGAAAAUCAGGAAGCAGUGCGCCUUGGCAGCCCUCAGUGAUGUCCGGAAGUUCCUCAGUGAGGAGGGGGGACAUGUGGCGGUUUUUGAUGCAACCAAUACGACCCGAGAACGGAGAGCGAUGAUCCUUAGCUUCGGAGAACAGAACGGCUACAAGACCUUCUUUGUUGAAUCUAUCUGUGUGGACCCUGAGGUCAUUGCUGCCAACAUCGUGCAAGUGAAGCUGGGCAGCCCUGACUAUGUCAACCGCGACAGCGACGAAGCCACCGAGGACUUCAUGAGGCGCAUUGAGUGCUAUGAAAACUCAUACGAGUCUCUGGAUGAAGACCUGGACAGGGAUCUGUCCUACAUCAAGAUCAUGGACGUGGGGCAGAGCUAUGUGGUGAACCGUGUCGCUGACCACAUCCAGAGUCGGAUCGUUUAUUACCUCAUGAACAUCCAUGUGACGCCCCGCUCCAUCUACCUCUGCCGGCACGGGGAGAGUGAGCUCAACCUCAAGGGCCGGAUUGGUGGGGAUCCUGGACUAUCUCCCCGGGGCCGGGAGUUCUCCAAGCAUCUGGCCCAGUUCAUCAGUGACCAGAACAUCAAGGACCUGAAGGUCUGGACAAGCCAGAUGAAGAGGACGAUCCAGACAGCAGAGGCACUGAGUGUCCCUUAUGAGCAGUGGAAGGUCCUUAACGAGAUUGACGCGGGUGUCUGUGAGGAAAUGACCUACGAAGAAAUCCAGGAUCACUAUCCGCUGGAGUUCGCCCUGAGGGAUCAGGACAAGUACCGGUACCGGUACCCGAAGGGGGAGUCCUAUGAAGACCUGGUACAGCGACUGGAACCUGUUAUCAUGGAACUGGAGAGGCAGGAGAACGUGCUGGUCAUUUGCCACCAGGCUGUGAUGCGGUGCCUCCUGGCCUACUUCCUUGACAAAGCAGCAGAAGAGCUGCCCUACCUCAAGUGCCCCUUGCACACAGUCCUGAAGCUCACACCCAUGGCUUACGGUUGUAAAGUGGAGUCCAUAUUCCUGAACGUGGCAGCUGUGAACACGCACCGAGACAGACCUCAGAAUGUAGACAUAUCCAGGCCUUCAGAGGAAGCCCUUGUCACAGUUCCUGCUCACCAGUGACCCCUGGGCUCUGCGGAGGGCUCACUCCAGGCCACCUCGUGUUUGCUCUACUGAUGGUGACACCAUGCCGGUACACUCCUGAAGCCAUGGGUGGCCAGCAGCACUCAGACCCGCCAGCCUGGCCCGCCGGCCUCCUUGUUGACAACCCGAGGCAGGGCUGGGUAUGGCUGCGGACCUGCUGCUGAGAAUCCUCGGGCGGGCGGCAAUGUGCUCUGCUGUGCCCCCCUGCUGCAGCUCUCAAGCAGUCGGCUCACCGGCUGGCUGCUUCGUGACCUUUGCAACCUUAAAUGAGACACUAAGACAAAAAGUCUCACUAGGACACCCCACUGUGGCCCAGCUGCCUGAAGUGGGCCAGGCAGCCCUUGGAAGAGCUACUGCCCUCUCUGUAGACACUCUUGGAGCCAGAGGCUAGACCUUUGUAGGGCCUUAAGUGGAUGCUACCCCAGGCGAAGUGGAAGGCCCCUCCCUCCCUGCCUAGAACAGAAGAUGGAGCAGGGCAGCUUCUACCCACAUCUGUCCUCCACACCUGUGGGUGCUUACGAGAGUGAGUGUGGGAAGCACCACGUGUGGCACCCAUUCCCGACGUCUACCAAGCUAUGCCCUGGAAUAGGGAAGAGCUGCGGCCCAGGCUGCCUUGUCCUGGGUUCUCUCCCGGGGAUCCUGUAAAGGCAGGCCAGCUUUAAGAAGUACCUUCUUGGUGCACACACCACAGUGCUCAUGGAGACUGGGCUCCCCUACCUGGCUGCUGCUGUCACUGUCCACACAACUGUACACUGGUAACAGGGACAUGCCUUUGUCAUAAAUGGCUCAGAACAAGUGGUCCUGUCCAACUGCCCUCCUGUUUGCUGGCCUCCACCUAUAGGUCUGAGGAAGGAAAGGACCAAGCACAGAGGCAGCCCGGGGCUGUGGGAGGAGUCCCUGGCCCCACCCUGGUUUUGAUUCAAGUACAAAUUAAACCCUGGUGCAAACAGCCUUAUGAUGCCUGGUGCCUCUCAUGCCCCGAGCUCUUGUGGGUCUGUCCACGGAGCAGAUUCAGAUGCCAUGUUUCAGCUGACCAGCAGGGUGACAGGCAGGCUGUGGAGCAGGGCAAGAUACUUUCUAUGGCAGUAACCGGUUUAUUGGUCUAGUAUCUGUGGAGCAGCCAUGGGGAAGCCAAGUCCUGCAGCCAAGAACCUUUCCAAGUCCAAAUCUGGCAGAAUACUCCACCCUUUGCAGUCCUGCCAGCCCUGGGCUGUGUAGCUUGCAGACACUAUCUGCCUCUGAGAAGUCAGUGCCCUUAUUCCAAACUGCUGUCUGUGCGGCCCGGGGCUCCUCUCCUCAGACCUCCAUGCCCUGGCUCGGAGCUGGAGCACCACACCACUGCCUUCGGGACGUGGGCCCUGCAGCUCCUGCUUCCAUGUCUCUCUCACGAGUCUGAGUGAUGGUCAUCAUAUUGUCUGGACACUUGUUGGCCAUCGACGAUGCCUGUGGUUGGCAGCUGUGAAUAAAUAAUGCCUGGAUGUAACUUGAGGCAAAGACCACCAAAGCCUUUUUCCUCUGUGCCCCUGGAAGGCGGGAGUUGAUGGACUCACAGGUGUAAGCACCUAGGUUCAGGGCAGGGGGCUGUGGGUGGGCCAGUCGUGCUGGAGCUGCCCCUCCCACCAGCACCCGAAGUGGCUUCUACAAGGAGGCCACAUGCAGAGCGGGCCACCAGGUUUCAGCCGAGAUGGCUUAUGGGAGGAUCUGCCCACAUCUCCUGCUUUCCCAGGAAUGGAUGAUACUGGUUUUCAGUUGUGCAUCGCACUGUGUCCAGCAUUCUUUGCAAUAAAUAAUUUAAAGACAGUAA